AUGCCAACCCCAGUGACCCAAACCAUGACCAACACAUCAUCCCAAUCAUCCAGUUACCCAAACGACGCGGCCCGUGUGGCCCAGAUGGUGAUAACGGUGCUCAUCUUCGUGGUUGGCGUGACCCUGAACGGCCUGGUGGUGUGGGUGUUGGGAGUGAGAUGCGGCCGGGUGGGCCGAGGAGGAUCGGGGAGCGGGGAGACGCGGGGCGCCGGAAGCUUCCGCGUGUACGUAGUGAACCUGGCGCUCGCGGACCUGGUGCUCCUGCUACGCACGCCCCUCAUGCUGGGGUACCUGGCUCACCACUUCAGCUGGCCCUUCGGACUGUCCGCCUGCCGCAUGGUGAUGUUUUUUCGCUGCCUUGGCCUGUAUGUAAGCGCCUUCCUGCUGUGCGCCGUGGCACUGGAGCGAUGCCUCUGCUUGCUUCGGCCUGUCUGGGCGAGCAUCCGCCGGCCCCGCUGGGCUGUACCCCUCGCCUGCGCUCUUCUCUGGGCGCUGGCAACGGCCUUGUCAGCGCCUUACAUAUCCGAGGCCAGGCUGGUGGACUGGAAGAACCGCUCGCAGUGCAUAGAGAGCAGAAAGGAAGCGACGCCCACCCUCACUGCCAUAGAGACCGCGGCCGGCUUCAUACUGCCGCUCGUGAUCUUCAUGUCUUGUAACGUGGCGGUGCUUGUGAACGCGAAGAAAACAGAGAGAAACCAAGCCACGCCCGUUUCGUCUCCCGGCGUGUCGCCGACGUCACCAACGUCUCCAUACGUCUCCCAGCGCCUGGCGAGGCUGUACCGGGUGCUCUUUAUCACCAUGCUCCUCUUCCUCACCUGCUGGGUUCCCUACUUCACGUUCCGUUUUCUUCGGGCGCUCUCUGGCACUCUCGGUCCGGAGUGGGCGGAAUUCCACCGGAGGACGAUAACGGGUUGCUACGUGGCGUUGUUUUUAGUCUACGUAAAAAGCGCACUCAAUCCAAUCCUGUACGUGUUCGCGGCGCGAGGUUUGGGCCGCACCGUACGGGCUACGCUCCUCUCCGCUGUGGAGCGGGUUUUCAACGAUGAAACCACAGAGUCGCUCCGCAGGAAGUCGCUGCGUAGGAGAGACUCGGAGUUCUAA